AUGUAAACAACAGGCGCGCGCAUCUUGACCCGUGACUGUCUGUCAUGAAACAGUUUCCUUACUGCUGAUUAAUGUUUCCCUCACUUCUACUGGAAUUCAUCACAUAUGCCGCCCUCGACAAGUGUAUUCGAUCUAACUGUAUGAAGAAACCAAGCAAAUUAGCCCUUGUGUAACGGCUGCAGUGAGGGAGAGUCGCGGAGAAGCGCUAUGCCGCGACGGAAGAAAAACGCGGGCAGUAGCUCUGAAGGUACAGAGGAUUCAGAUUUCUCCGCUGAGCACACAGACAGCUCAGAGAGUGACACCCACACGGUUAGAAACACCCGACUCACUCGAUCCUCUCUGAGACUCAGCCGCAAUUCGCAAGAUUCCAGUCCUGUGGGGAACCCUUCUGCCCCGGUUUCAGAGAAGGUGGUGAACUAUUCCACCCGCCGUGUGACUCGUAGUCAACAGCAGGGGGUGACAGUCUCGCCCAAGAAAUACCCCUUGCGGCAGAGUCGCUCUUCUGGCUCAGACACGGAGCAGCAUGGGGAAAUCUCAGAGAGGGACAUUAAGCAAAGCACAGACCAUGAUGAGUCCCCACCCAGGACGCCCACAGGCAAUGCUCCUUCCUCUGAGUCUGACAUUGACAUGUCCAGCCCAAACGUGUCUCAUGAUGAGAGCCUGGCAAAGGAACUAUCGCUGAAAGAAUCCGGCCUUGCUCACCGGCCCAAAAGACGGCGCUUUCAUGAGAGUUACAACUUUAACAUGAAGUGCCCCACACCUGGUUGUAAUUCACUUGGACAUUUGACAGGGAAACAUGAAAGGCACUUUUCAAUAUCUGGAUGUCCACUGUACCACAACCUCUCAGCAGACGAGUGUAAGGUGAAGGCAAGCUCCCGGGACAAACAUGUGGAGGAGAGGACACUGUCACAGCGGCAGGAUGAGAACCGCCAUUCCGCCCGGCAACAGGCCCAGGCAGAGAGACAGCUGCGAUAUAAGGAGAAGGUGACAGAGAUGAGGAGGAAGAGAAACUCUGUUCCACAAAAAGACAAGUACAUGGAGCACAGACCAUCCCAUGGCAGCAGUCGUGAGCCUCUGCUGGAGAACAUCACCAGUGACUAUGACCUGGAGCUGUUUAGAAAAGCCCAGGCACGUGCUUCGGAUGAUCUUAGCUUGACUGGGGAAAAAAUCAUAAGGAACAACAAGAAGGAAAAACUCCGGCUCGAGGGACAGGUCACAGAGGGCGGCAACAUGAUAAAGGCCAUUGUGUUUGGCCGCUACGAGUUGGACACUUGGUACCACUCGCCGUACCCCGAAGAGUACGCACGCCUUGGCCGUCUCUACAUGUGCGAGUUCUGCCUAAAAUACAUGAAGAGUCAGACUAUUUUGCGACGUCACAUGGCCAAAUGUGUGUGGAAACAUCCACCAGGUGAUGAGAUUUACAGAAAAGGGCCUAUAUCUGUUUUCGAAGUGGAUGGCAAGAAAAACAAGAUUUAUUGCCAAAACCUGUGUCUACUUGCCAAACUCUUCCUGGACCACAAAACACUGUACUAUGAUGUGGAGCCGUUCCUCUUCUAUGUGAUGACUGAAGCUGACAAUACCGGCUGCCAUCUUGUAGGAUACUUCUCCAAGGAAAAGAAUUCAUUCCUGAACUACAAUGUCUCCUGCAUCCUCACCAUGCCACAGUAUAUGAGGCAGGGUUAUGGCAAGAUGCUGAUUGAUUUCAGUUACCUGCUGUCCAAAGUAGAGGAGAAGGUUGGCUCUCCUGAGCGGCCUCUCUCUGAUCUCGGCCUCAUCAGUUACAGGAGCUACUGGAAAGAAGUGCUCCUGCGCUACCUGCACAACUUCCAGGGCAAAGAAAUCUCCAUUAAAGAAAUCAGUCAAGAAACAGCUGUCAAUCCUGUAGACAUAGUCAGCACUUUACAGUCACUCCAGAUGCUGAAGUACUGGAAAGGGAAGCACCUGAUCUUAAAAAGACAGGAUCUGAUUGAUGAUUGGAAAACCAAAGAGGGAAAACGUGGAAGCAGUAAGACUAUUGACCCUACGGCCUUGAAGUGGAGCCCACCCAAAGGAACAUAAGACAAUAAUCUGCAUGCUCUUCCCUGUUUGCUGUAGUUUAGCAGGUCUUGCUCACUAUAGGAAAAGCUUAACAAAUAGGAAAGCAUUUUCUUGUUACAGUAAGUUACAAGUAAAUCUGCAAUCUCAACUGAAUCGUGUUUGUCACAUGAUGCAGCUAGCAUUUAGAGUUUCCAUAACUGUCCUAUUCUAGGUUUUUGAAACAUGGUUAACAUUUCAACAUGCAUUGUAGAACUGCGCAUAUGAGAUCCUAUCACCUAACUUAUUUUGAGUUGAGUACCAGUGUUUGAUACUCAAAUGGCAGUUGUUUUUACUGUUGUUUUUAGUAACAGUUAAUAAAAAAUGUGCAUCUCUUUAUUUUAGAGAAUUGACUAUUUGACUGUUAUAUAUUUUAUGUGUUUCUACCGCUAAUUGUUUUGUGAGCUGAAGAGCUUGACUCUUCUAAUUGGGUUCUUGUUUCUUUUUAAAUUCCUCUAAACCAGAUAUGUAUUUCCAACCAUAUUUGACAUUAGCCAAAGUCACUGUAAGUAAAAAACAAUAUUUUACUAUUUCAAGUGAGACUAAUGUGUAUUUUAGAACAGACACAUUGCAGUAAAUAUGAUAUAUUUACCCUUCAUAAUCAUGUUUUUUUUUUUUCUUCAAAAGUCUACAUCAAAAAACAUUUAAUGGAAGCCUAGUUUAUAGCAUGUUUUGGCUAUAUAUUGCAGCAAGUGUGUAAUUUGUGAGCAGCCAGAAUAGCUUAAUUUAGCUCAUAAAAUUACACUUGCACAUUGAUGCACUUGUAAACUCCACAUGGUGGAUUUAUCACAGACUAUACUAUGAUAUGUCAGUAGCAUGUGUUGCAGUUGAUUUUCUGUCUCUUCUCCAAAAUAAAUUUAGUCACUGUUUAAAUC